AUGCACUGCCCGAGGAUUCGCUGAAUAUGCUAAUUCAAUGGGUUUCAUUAUACCCCAAAGUGGCUUCAAAGCUUCUCGUUGUAAGUGUUGCGUCCCACGCACGCUUUGAAAUCAGGAUCGCGCAGACUGUGUCCGGAUCAAAGUUCCGAGAAGAUUGGCCUGAUGAGGACGCCGUGCUGGUAUGCGAAAGCAGGGUGAAGGGUUGGCCAAGGGUUGAGAGAUGACGGCACAGAUCCUGCCUUUGUCUUCUUCAUCAUUAAUCCCUGCGCACCUUAGCUAUGGAAUCGAACCAGGCGCCAGAUAGGAUUCGCCCUCGGGCCAAACGCACGAAGGUAUCGGACACAUCACCGCCUGAUAGUGAUUAUGCCGCAGAAGACCCAAAUAGUAGCUCGCCAUUGCAGCGAAAAACUAAACCGGCGACGUCGUUGUCGUCGUCUAACUCCAGAAAGGCAUCGAGGUCCACGCCCGUGGCGCCUAUGGUCAUAUACGAGAAUGAUAUAGGCGCACCGCAGGCGUUUCCCGCAACACCCACCUCGCAUGUGGCGCUACCUGACGACCAAGAAGACACCCCCGAGAACAGGCCACCGGGCUCUGGACGCAGUAAAAUGCAGAAGGAGCUUGCUAUGAUCGCAUCCCCUGACAAGGAUAAGUGCAUUAUCACCGGAACACGCUCUAGCAAGGCGGUCGAGGGAGCACACUUGUUAGGCCAUAAGCAUGGAAAGAACAAAAGCGAUGUCCCAUGGUGCACGCAGGACAAGUUCGAUAAAGCCUGGGGGGGAAGGAACGCUUUUGAUAGCCGGUUCAAUAUGUUCUUAGUCGAUGUUUCUCUCCAUAAGAGAUUUGACUCACCCCGUUGGGAGUGGAUGCUGGUUCCAGCACCCGAUGCCAUACGAAAGCUUAAGGAGCUGACGCAGCAACGCUUCGGGGCGGAUGGAAAGACAAUUCCGACAAAAGACUCUGUCAGUAUCAAUAAGACUUAUCGGUUUGAGCAUUCGACAUAUUACUUUGUGUCGCGGAAGAGGACGGCAUACGGUAUUACAAGAUGGGAUGUGGGAGAUUCCGGUGGCUUUGUCGUGGAUGAUGAUUUACGCAAAGCGGCUGAUGGUUAUGAUUCGGAAGAUGGUACCGUUUCCUUGAAGGAUAAGGUUCUGCUUACGGAGAGGGAGGCCUAUGAUGAGGAUGGUGCCCAGGAGGAUGCUGACUUGGUCGUUGAGGAAGAUAGUGGCGUUUUUAGUGGCUCACCGGCACCUCUUGAGCUGGACGUCGAGUUGGGAAUUGAGAGUGACGCUGACUCGGAGGCCGACCCGGAGGCCGAUCGAGAGGCCGACUACCCGAGACUGAUUGGCACAUACGUUCACCCUUUCAAGAAACUAGGUCCAAUCGAGAGCCAUGUCUCGCCCCAGUUUGUGGUUUUCGAUGCCAUGAGGAAGUACCUACCGCUGGAGGAACCUGAGAAAAAGAAGCUACUGGCCAACCUGGGGCAGAUACUGAAGGAGAACAAAGUGGGUGACAAACAUACUGCAGUCGAGAUGCUUAAAGAUAUGGAGCAUAUGUUUGAUCGGUCUUGGGAUUUGGCCCAAUUCGCACCAUAUACCUUUGUAAAACUCAUACCAGGUAUACUUGAACAUUGUGCCGCGACCACGGAUGUUGUCUACGACUCGAAGGUUUUUGGUCAUCACUCUGAUAUGGUUCAAGAUUAUUUCACCGUGACGUUCUUGACACUGCUUACCCGUGUUGGUAAAUAUUCUACAUAG